AGAAGAGAUGGGAAAUGAGAAUGGAGAAAGAAAGGGAGAGUUCAUUAACCAAAACAAUAAUGACUUCUUCCUUGAUUCAAUGUCAAUGCUCUCCUCUCUUCCUCCUUGCUGGGACUCUUCUCUUCCCCCUCCUCAUCCUCAUCCUCCUCCGCACGCUUCCACCAUUGACGCCUCUUUCCCCGACCACUUCCAUCAACCUCAGGAGUCAGGUGGUCCAAGCCAAGAUGGGUUGCAGGCACAAGGGACAGUCUCCACCACGAGCGCACCCGUGGCUCGUCAAAAGCCAAGGGUGCGAGCUAGGAGAGGUCAAGCCACCGAUCCUCACAGCAUCGCUGAGCGGUUGAGAAGGGAACGCAUUGCAGAGCGUAUGAAGUCUCUUCAAGAACUGGUUCCCAACACCAACAAGACGGAUAAGGCGUCCAUGCUGGAUGAGAUCAUCGAGUAUGUUAGAUUCCUUCAGCUGCAAGUCAAGGUACUAAGCAUGAGCAGGUUGGGAGGUGCAGGGGCAGUUGGUCCACGCCUCAACGGUCUCACUUCCGAGGUUGGAGGACGGCUUGACGCCCUCUCUGGACCGUGCAAUGGCUUAAACGGGAAGGGAAACGGAACAGGAUCAUCCAACGAGAGCUUAAGGUCAACAGAAAAUAGGGUGGCAAAACUGAUGGAAGAAGACAUGGGAUCUGCAAUGCAGUACCUUCAAGGGAAAGGGCUUUGCUUAAUGCCCAUCUCUCUCGCAACUGCAAUGUCAUCUACAUCUAAUCCCUCUCGUGGAGCUCUCUUCAACCCCAACAACUCCAAUGUCGUAGCAGCAGCAGCAGAAGAGGCAAAUGUAGCAGCAGCAGCUGCACCUGAAGACUCUUCUGCUAUGGAUGAUGUAUCUGCCUCCAAGGCCUAAAACAUAGGGUUUCUCAUGUGUUUUCAUUUUCUCUGUCUUAAG